AUGAGUUCUGCCAAGGAAGAACCAGAGGAGAGCCUGGAGUUUGCCCGCUCUGGUGCGACCAUCACCCCUCUGCGGCUCAAUAUUAUUGUUGUAGGGCUUUGGAUUUCGCUUUUUCUGUCGGCCCUCGACAGCACAAUCAUAUCCACUGCAGUCUUCAAGAUCUCCAGCAGUUUUGACAGCACCAGCCAGUCUGCCUGGAUUGUGACAGCGUAUUUGCUGACCUACAAUGCCUUCGUCCUGCUUCUUGCGAAACUGAGUGACAUCGUGGGCCUUAAGAGCCUUCUCUUGGUGUCCAAUGCCGUCUUCCUCGUUUUCUCUAUUGCCUGUGGCGUGGCCCAGACCAUGAACCAGCUCAUCGUCUUUCGCGCAUUUCAGGGGAUUGGAGCGUCGGGUCUCUACUGCCUAGUCUUCAUAGCAAUUCUGCGAUUGGUAUCGAUUGAAAAAGCUGGACUCUACUCCGGCGUCAUCAGCUCUGUCUUCGCCAUCUCAAAUCUUCUCGGCCCUAUAUUGGGAGGUGUGAUCGUUGACCAUACAACUUGGAGAUGGAUCUUCUAUAUCAAUAUCCCACUGUCGGCAAUCUCCUUUCUGAUUCUGUUUUGCGUCAUGCCAGCAACCGGCCAGUUCAAGUUCAACCGUGAAACCCUGGGAAGACUCGAUGUUAUUGGAUCUUUUCUGUCGGUCUGCUGGUUGAUUCCACUUCUCUUUGCCCUUCAGGAAGGUGGUUCCCAUUACCCUUGGAGCAGCAAGGAAGUCAUCGGCUCCCUGGUCGGGGGCAUCGUAGCCCUCAUCGUCUUUGUCGCAUACGAAACCUGGCUCCAAAGACAGAAUAGCGCUAGGGAGCCCAUAUUUCCCAUCAGAUUCUUAGGCGAUCCCAUGCAGGGAUUGCUGCUUCUGAACGUUCUAUUCACCGGCUUUGCAUUUUACACCUCAAUCAUCCUUCUCCCGCAGCGAUUCCAAGCCGUCAACGGCGUCAGCGCCUCUCGUGCUGGGGUCCUCCUCCUCACCCUGACAUUGGUUCUCCCUUUUUUCUCACUCGUGGCAGGCGCUAUUCUGAGCAAAAAGCCCGAGAUGACAUUCUCCUUGCUUACUUUCGGUGCGGUCCUGAUUCUAACAUCUACGGCCUGUCUAAGCGACUUGCCGACCGACAAAGCCACGUCCAAGUCCCAGUAUGGAUUCCAGGUGCUCAUGGGCGCAGGACUCGGCGUCAUCUCUACAACGCAGUAUAUCGGGCUGAAGAUGUGCUUUCGACCGCGUGAUCUUGGUACCGGAACUGGCGCGAUGAACAUGCUACGUGCCAUGGGCGGCUGUAUCGGUCUGGCUAUCUGUGCUGCGAUGUUGAGUGCUGAGCUCAAUUCAUCUCUGCCUUCUAUUCUGAGCCCGGAACUUGUCAGCGUUGCCAAGGAUACAUUGCGUGAAGGUAACGGACUUAGUGCUAGUGACUUGGCCCUUGUAAGAGAGAUCUAUGGAAAAGGAUAUGACAGCGGGUACCAAGUAAUGAUUGCUUUUGCAGGAGCAAAUGUGAUUGUCGGGGGACUGUUGAUCGCGGCUACAUACCGCCGUGGGGGUGUAGAUAAAAUGGUGGAAGUUGCCAGGGCUUCGGAGGCACAAAACUCGGGCUAGGUUAUUUCUUUCUGUC